GUUCCCAAACGAAACUCCGGAAAAAGCAGGAGAAACCAAACGAAAAUCGUGCGAGUUUCUUAGGGUUCGAGAAAGAUCAUUAGCGAAGAAUAAUCUCGACGGUGUAUGUGUCCGUGACAGAUUGUGUCGAGCGAGAAAGAUUCGCGCGUGUACAAGCCGGGAGGCGCAUGUUGCUCUUCUCGAGGGUCGAUCGACGGGAAGACAGCUGGGAGAGUGUCGUUCCAAAGGGAUGCUUUGAGACACCGGCACGGUCGCUUCAUUCAAGGGUGAAAGGCCAUUCGAGCAGAUCGAGGCAUGUCGAAGUAUUGGCUGAACGUGGCCCUCCUCAGGGUUGUUCUACCGGUUGUCUUGACGGGAUGUAUAAUAUGGCGACCUGUAGGACUGUCUCUAGUUUACUUGGCACUGAUGCUAUACUCGCCUCAUGUGCCCAUACCAGACGCGAAAACAAUGGCUGGCCACACAGGCCACUAUCUGAAGACAUGUAUAGGCCUGUCUUUUCUCACAGCCACCAGCCAAAUCACUUUUCACAUAGUUCUAUUGGCUCUGCCUACGUAUGGACACUUCCUUCAGAAUUGCGAAUCUAUGGAAGUGAUCUUCAGGCACAUAGGUUUUGUAAGGCUAGAUAGCGCAUCGGUUUGGGAGAUCUUCUUUUGGCUAACGCCGGAACUAAUCGUCCUGCCUACUAGUGUAAUAGUCUAUUUCACGUGCCGCUUCCUGUCGCAAACCCGCGUCAUCGACGAGGAGCACAACGCCUCUUUGCAUCGACACAACAAGGCGUCCAAGAAGAACGUCGACGGAACCGCCAAGAUAAUCAACUUCCUAGGGCGAAUCGGAACCUACGUGGUCCUAGCCUCGCUGUGCAUCACAGCAGCCCUGAAACCAUCGAUAGAGGGUGGCUUUUACUUCCUCGUUUUCCUCGGAGCCGCUACCUGGUGGGCAUGCAACAAAGAACUGCGAAAGGGGUUCGCUGUGCUGUGCAGAUUCGUGAUGUUCGUGGUGGUCCUUCACAUCAUCACUUUGCUCAGCUAUCAGAACCAAGUUCCUCAGGAGUUGAUACCCGUGAACAGCACGUGGCAACGUUAUUUCGCUCUGACCCCUGUUUAUCGGACGAACUGCAGCGACCCGAGAGACGUGCGGUACACAGACGACGCCGAUUGGCUGAUUUAUGGCUACUGUCUCAGGCUAUUUUGGCUCUACUACGUUCUGGCGUUGCAGUCGCAAUUCUUAAGUAAAAAACCGGCGUUCCAGGCAAAGAAAGUGAAACGUUUGAGCGGCAAACUGGAGAACCUGGACACACCAUUGUCCAGGCACGUGUCCAUCAGGCGAAGGACACCAUCUCAAAGAUGGCAGUCGGCGCGACGAAAGGCUCGCCUGAUCGUUAAUUCGUCGUACCCACCUGUCGACGAGCGCACACCCUUGAUGCGGUUUGGGUCUGGGAGAACAGGACUGCUCCAAGAUUCAACCGGAAGCGUGAUCGUGCAGGAUGGCCAUCAAGACGACAGCAUUCAGAUGCAAAGUCUCAGCGAAGCUGCCCCAGAUGAACAAUCUGGAAUCAUCGAGCACGUCAUUAUGGCCGUGUACUCCAUCUUCCAGUUGAUACUUAACUCGUCCUAUCUUGCCACGAAUAUCAUAAUGAUGACUUGGAGUAUAAUGUAUCACAGUUGGACGACGUUUGCACUCCUACUCUGGGCCCUGGUCCUCUGGAUGGUCCCUAACAAACGCGCAUCCAUGAUGAAGUGUUCUCCGUUCAUCGUUUGCUACGCGAUGCUGUUGCUACUUAUGCAGUUCAUUUACAGCAUGGACCUGACGGAGGAAGAACUGCCGACGGAGAUAAACGGAAUAAAUAUGUCGGAGAUCGGUUUCAGCAAAGCUGAUCGUCUCAGUCGUUGGCAUCUAGUAGUCAAAUGUCUAUUCAUAUCAAUGUUUUGGAUAACAAUGAGACAGUACACGGCUGAACGAAGCAACCAGAGACGUUCCUCAGCGCUGAGAGAUAUGGUAGCGCCGUUGCACGUCUCUGUUUCGACAGCUACCACGGCCAUGAAUCACGAGGCGCCGGAAAUUAAAAGCAAAUUUAUGAAGGACGUUGGCAUAGUUUUGAAGAACUUGCUGACCAAAUUUUGGAUCGCUGUGGUCGCCAUUAUGCUGUUCAUCUGUGGAAUUACCGGCGAACGUAUGACUGUCUUCAGGAUCAUUUACAUGUCUCUCUUCCUUGUUCUAGUCAUUACCUUCCAGAUUUCUUGGACUGUGUGGAGAAAGAUGAUGUAUCCAUUCUGGAUCACGGUUAUCGGGUACUCCGUGAUUAUGCUAAUACUCGUGUACACUUAUCAAUUCCACAAUUUCCCGGAGUACUGGAAUUAUUUACAUAUCGACAAGAAUUUGCAGAUGGACAUUGGUUUGGAGAAAUACGAGACUAAAGAUCUUUUCGUUAGGCUACUAACACCGACCUUCUUCGUGAUCAUCACUGUCCUUCAGAUUCAUUAUUUCCACAAGGAUUUCUUGGAAGUCACGAACAUCGAGAGAUUUGGAACCGAAGAGAGUCCUCGAGAUAAACGAUCGAGUCUCGGCCAUUCUCCUAUUUUAACAUUGCCACCGUCUUCGCCAGGUGACGUUUUCCUCGUCGAAGAGGACAAAGAACCCAUGUACACUUUGGGACAGUUAAAACAAAUGUCCAAAUUGGAACGAUUAGCGCUAUUCCGUAAAAUAGUGGAGCAUGUGUUGAAUUUGUACAAUUACACCUGGCUGUUUCUCGAGAUCCACAUGCAAAAGAUCAUCUUCAUCUCUGUGAUGCUCUUCUGCGUCAACGAUGUGUGUGCUAUUAAUUUCGUAUUCGUCGUGAUAGCAGUUACCAUGAUCAAUUCACGAAGAAACGUUCAAAUAUGCACUCUGAACGUAAUUGCAGCGAUCAUUGCUCUUCUGAUGGUCGGAAAAAUGUUGUAUCAAAUUCAGUACAUCGACCAUAAUAAUUGGAACGUUCAUUGCUUGACAAACGUAGAGGACGCGGUGAAACAGUAUGGCAGCAACAAUACCGUGUACAACAUAGCAGAGUGGUUUGGAAUAAAGAAAGCUCAGCCAGGACAACUGGCAGAGUUGUUAAAAGGCUACAUAGGAAUUUUAGUAGUGACCACUUUGAGAAAAAUCAUCAGGAUUCGACAAUGUUUCUACCGAAAGGCACACAGCGAACCUUUAGACACUCCUCAAGUCAUGUUUCCAUCGGUCACUAGAGAAACUGCUGACAAAGGGUUGCCAGAGUGCUUGAAGUUCCUCUUCAAUUAUGGAUUCUACAAAUUUGGAGUCGAAUUCUGUUUAAUAGGAAUCGUGGCAUUAAUUGGAACGAGACUGGACUUUUAUUCGGUUCUUUAUAGCAUAUGGCUUUUGUUAUUUUUCUCCCUGAAGAGAACAACAAUAUCUAGGAUUUGGCCCUUCUUCAAACUCUUCGCCAUAAUUUUGUUGCCUGUUCAAUAUUCCUUCGUUGUGGCGCCUCCUUCUUGGCUUUGUAUAGAUUACCCGUGGCACAAUUCCGAAACUCUGAGAAGAUUGCAAGAGUGGAUGUACUUCCCUGACCCUGAUUUUCCACCUAAUCCCAGAAAAUUGAUGUGUGAUUUCAUUUUGCUAAUGAUGAUCGUCAGGCAAAGUCUCGUUUUCCGAAUCGAGCAAAGAAGCUCAGCGUCAGGCACAGAUUUUCCAGCUGGUCACAAUUAUUCCGUGUACCAAAACAUGGAGAAACCGAAUUUCGCGAAUCCUGUCAAGGAUUACGUGUCCCAUAUUCAUUGCUGGUUGGACGUAGUGAAACGAGGUGUUUUAAUGAGUCUCAUGUGGGUCACUUUAUCGAUCAUGUUCCUGGCUGGAACUGAGAGGACCAACCUGUUCUCGUUGGGUUAUUUGAUCGGUGCAUUUGUGUUCCUCUGGCAAGGAAGUGAUUUCUACCUGAGACCAGUGAAGACGAUCUUAAAAUGGUGGAAUUUCUUGAUUGGCUACAACGUGAUAGUGAUAUUCUCGAAGGCUCUGCUUCAGGGUGUAGGAUGUGUCUUGAUAAAACAGCUCCACAUGUUGGCCUGUCCACUCAUCCAACUAUUUGGCAUCACCUGCCUAAGAAAAUUCCGGAGUUCGGUCACGGAUAUGGUCCUAGACAAAUUCGACUGCGAAGUGCCUCGCGAGGACAUUGGCAUGGUGUGGGAUGGCCUCUGUUUCGGCUUCUUACUGCUCCAGAAACGACUCUUCAAGAGCUACUACUUCUUCCACAUAGUGGACGAAACGAAAGCCAUGAGCAUCCUAGCAUCGAGAGGUGCGGAGCUAUUGGAAGAGCUACAUCAGAACCGUAUCGAUAUUCAGGACAACGUCGAGAAGAACGUGCUGCAAAAAUUGAAGUUCAAGAUGGACAAGAUCAAAGCCAAUCAGAGGAAGAUACAAGGGCCUAGUUAUAGGGAACCACAGACGCACAAAGUCGAUUCUCUCUAUCCAGGGACACGGCCGUUGUACAGAGUUCGCGUGCCAAAGACCAACAGAGAGGCUAUCAGAUCCGGCGAUUACUACAUGUUCGACGACCUGGACGACGACGACGUCACCGAUCUGAUCCCCGACACAGAAUCGGAGAAGAGGGAAGCGGAGAAUCGUCGCGAGGCGGAGAAACGCGGAAGAAGAAUGACCAUCUCUGAGUUGAUGAACACCCUGAUUAAGACAGACAUUGAGAUCGCGACGCACGUCGCCAUGUACGGAGGGACAGAAAAGGACGCGCUGAGACUACGUCGUCGGAGUGUGCCUUUAACAAGGAAGAAAUCGUCAAUGUCGUAUCUCAGUGCACGUUCCGAGAUCGACACUGCAGUGGCCACCGAUGGCGGUGAUAAAACAAGCAUAACGUCAGCUGACAUAGAAACUGAAGAGAAAGACGCGUCGAUAGCUGAACCAGAGAAAACGCCUGUACCAUCGGACGACGAGUACGGCGAAGAAGACAAACGGGUGGAGAAGGAGAAGGAAGAUGAAGAAGACGAGAAUGUAUCGGUGUCUACGUAUUUCAAAUUCCUCGUGGUGAUGAUCAACAGUACCCUGACAUCGAUGACCAAAUAUUUGAACAGAUUCUCCCGCGACUACAGAUACAUUCGCAAGGUUCUGACGAAAGAGAAGAAGUUGCUGAAGGAGAAACCAGAUUUUCGAAUGGGAAUGCGACUGGGUAUCAAUCAAAUGUGGCAGCCGAUUCCACUGCUGAAGAAAGGAUCGGCUAAUGGAAAUACCGAGGAACCUUACGAUGCUGGUGAGGGACCUAGUCAACCACGAACACCGGAACAGAGGAAAAGCAGCUCGCUGACGGUCCCGCACAUCCGAAUUCUGGCACCGAGUUUGGAGCGAGGAUUGGACAUGUCCUCCUCCAGCUCACUUUUCUCUGAAAUCUCACCCGUCCAACACGACGACGAAGGCGGUGAACUGUCUGAAGUCGAUCAACUACCGAUAAUACAAUUAUUGGCGUCUAUUUGGUUCGGUGUGUUGGCUCACUCCUGUCUGCUCUGUUAUUUCAUGGUGUUUCUUCAUCAAAUUAAAAAUGCAUCCGUCCUGUCCACUCCUCUGCCCCUCAUGGUAUUCUGUUGGGGCUCGUUAACCAUUCCACGUCCCUCGAAAACGUUCUGGGUAACGUUGAUCGCGUACACCGAGGCAAUUGUGAUAGUGAAAUGUAUCUUCCAAUUGGAAGUAUUGCCCUGGAAUCGAGAUGCUGCGCCAAAUAAUCCUUUGUUCACGCCCAGAAUUAUGGGAGUCGAACGUAAACAUAAUUACGCCCUGUGGGAUUUGUUAUUGCUCCUUAUGGUAUUUUUCCAUAGAUUUAUGCUCAAGUCAUUAGGGCAAUGGACAUCCCCAUCCCUGAAACCGAGGAAAAUUAUUCCUUCGAAUUUAACUAUAGUUCCAUCGAGGUCUCCACCUGAGGAUAAGGGCCAAGGUGAAUCGGUGUCCCGACAGAACGAAGCAGGAGAUGAUUCUCGUGUAAGAACACCGAAAGGAAGAAUUUUAAACCUGAAUGCAACAGGCGAGGGUGAGAAUGUGCAGUCGAUCGAUGAACACGAGAAAUUAGUCGCUGUUCAAGGGGAAGAAAUUCACCCUUUGAACGAAGAGUUUAAUAAAGCGAUGAAUAUGACUGUAAACAAGUACGCAGAACCAAUGAAACAAUUUUUCGAAAAAAUUCUUAGUACAACUGGCAAAGAAAAGACGAACGUAUAUGCCUACAUGUUCCUCUGUGAUUUCUUCAAUUUCCUGUUGCUCAUUUUUGGAUUCUCCGCAUUUGGGACUCAACAGGGUGACGGCGGUGUUACGGCCUAUUUGCAAGAAAAUCGAGUUCCAAUGCCAUUUUUACUGAUGUUAUUACUGCAAUUCGCAUUGAUAGUCAUCGACAGAGCCUUGUUCCUGAAGAAAUCGAUCGUGGGCAAAUUAAUCUUCCACUAUUGCCUAAUAUUCGGUGUUCACAUAUGGAUGUUCUUCAUUUUGCCAAGUGUCACUGAACGACAAUUCAACGAGAGGCUUCCACCGCAAAUGUGGUACAUGGUCAAGUGUUUCUAUCUGCUGUUAGCGGCCUAUCAAUUACGUCAAGGCUAUCCAACGCGAAUACUUGGCAAUUUCCUCUGCAAGAAGUACAGCAUUGUCAAUUACGUGUUAUUCAAAGGAUUCAUGUUAGUUCCCUUCUUGUUCGAGUUAAGAGCAGUAAUGGAUUGGAUCUGGACGGACACUUCAAUGACUAUAAUGGACUGGUUCAAGAUGGAAGACAUAUUCGCGAAUAUUUAUCAAAUAAAGUGUAUGCGAGGCGUAGAAGCAGAUUUCCCUCAACCACGGGGCGUGAAGAAGCAACAGAUGAGCAAAUACUUGGUCGGCGGUGGUGCUCUAUUCUUCAUGAUUGGAUUAAUAUGGUUCCCCUUGCUGUUGUUCGCGCUUGGUGGCACAGUUGGUGUCUCCAAUUUACCGUAUGACGUUUCAAUGAAGAUUAGAAUCGGUCCUUACGAACCUAUCUACUCUAUGUCGGCGCAAAGCAGUUCUAUCAUUGAGUAUACCCAAAGCGAUUUCGAGAGGUUCACGCAUUUGUACACGAGAGACAGACCUGCUGUCACUUUCUUGGAGAAUUACAUAAAUUCGGACGUCGCUGCCGUGAGAUUGAGCGGAUUCUCGCGGAAAUUGUGGAGUAUAUCACCGCCAGACUUGGACAGACUGAUAGCAGAACUGGAGGAUAACAGCACCACAGUGGUGGUUCACGUGGAAUGGACGGUGUCUCGAAAGACAGACGCGAAAGACGCCAGUGGAAUAACCACAAAAGUUCGAGACAUAAAACUGCAGCCAUUUGUGAACGAGGAAUUUAAUCCUGUAAGAAGAACGCUGGCUAAUAUGUUAUCCAGCGAUGAAUCCACCGCGCACAAUGGUACCAUAACGUUGAAACACGCUUUCCCGAAGUUUCUAAAAGUGACUGGUCGAAACACCGACGUCGUUCCACAAUUAAUGCGAAUGCCGAGAUGGCUCGACGACGAGGAAGUGGAAGAAAAUGACGAUCAUCUCUACAGAAACAUCAGCCUCCACUUGUCUACGGAUGCAGACUGCUGUGCUCGCCAGAAAUGGUGGGUCGUUAGGGAAGUCUGCAACGACAGUUUGUACGAUCAAUUACUAAGCAGAGUGCCCCAAAACGAUUGCAAGUACAUCAUGAUGUUCUUGUUCAACGAUAAAACGUUCCCGGAAGGAUUGAGCUUCAUCAGUGGAUUUGGAAUACUAGGAUUGUACACCACUGCGGUCAUAGUUAUCAGCCAAAUGAUGAGGAAGAUAGUGAGCGAUAUGGCGCCAAAAAUUAUGUUCGACGAUCUGCCCUACGUGGACCGGAUUCUUCGAUUAUGUCUGGAUAUCUAUCUGGUCCGUGAAAGCGGGGAAUUGUGUCUCGAAGAAGACUUGUUCGCGAAAUUGAUAUUCCUCUACAGAUCGCCGGAGACGUUGAUCAGGUGGACAAGGCCUCCGGAAGAAGGAGAGAGGACAGACAAUGAAGAUCAGGAUGAAGCUGAGGAGGACACUGCUGUGCAGAGAGGAGAAUCUCGAGAUGCUUCUCGUCGUGAAUAAAAGAAGAAAAAUCAAAUGUUACAGAUGAACAAUAUUAUCGGAGAUGUUGUGCAAUUUUGAGGAAUUCUAGAGCUAAGUUAUCCUUCGGCCAAGUAUUUCCGUUGAGUCAAAGACUUACAAAGGGAGAGGAGGAGAUUUGUUAUUUAAGGAGAGUGAAACCUUUUAGGAAGAUAUUAUCAGAAAUCUUGAAUAACGGAGACAAUAGUUCGCGAAGAAUGGUUCGAAAACUUUAAGAAACUCAGGAAUUUAUUACCACCGUGUUUGUUGUUAGAGAAUUGAUUAAACGAAGAGAUUGUUCCUAUCUUCGAAUAUGUAUAUUAUAAAGAGAGAUGUACAUACGAACGAGUUAAAGCGAAGGCGAAGAAAGAUUAUGAAUCGGAGUAAUGGAGAAAUUAUCGAGAGAGAGAGAGAGAGAGAGAGAGGAA